AGUCUGCUCUCCUGAAAUGUAGAAGUUCACAGCUCACAAGAGGGACCUGUCCUCCUGGUAAAGCUGUGGAGAUCACCUGUUCAGAUCCUGAUCAGGUGAUGUUGGUAGGAGGAGCCAGUCGUUGCUCUGGUGAACUUCAUUUGAAACACCACCAAGAAUGGAGACCAGUUUGGUUCAUUCAUGGAUGGUCCCCAGAGUCAUUUCAGGUUUUUUGUCAUCGGCUGAACUGUGGUUCACUUGUUUCUGAAGAAUUCAAAAGUGAUAGAGGAAAAAAACCUGUGUGGGAGAUCAAACCAGACUGCAUGAAGAGUUUGUCUUUGUUGAGAGAAUGUGUGGAAGUGGACGAUUCUUCAAGCCCUUUCCAGAUAAACAUCACCUGCUCAGAAUCCAUCAGGCUGGUGAAUGGAGACAAUCAGUGUUCAGGCAGGCUGGAGGUGAAGUCUAACAACUCCUGGUCCAUAGUGUGUGAAGAUGACUUUGACCAGCAGGAUGCAGAGGUGGUCUGUAGGGAGCUGGACUGUGGGGCUCCUUCAUUCCUCCAGGGGGCGCUCUAUGGAGAAACAGAGGCUCCAGAGUGGAGCAGAGACUUCCUCUGUGAAGGUCAUGAGUCUGCUUUACUCCACUGUAAAAGUAGCAGUUCAUCUCAGAAGUUCUGUUCUUCUGGUAAAGCUGUUGAGCUCACCUGUUCAGUCUCUUUCAGGUUGGUAGGAACUACCAGCCGCUGUGCUGGAGUUCUGGAAGUGUUCUACAGCAAAGAGUGGAGACCAUUGAAUGUCUUUAAUUCAGAGGAAAACUGGAAUCAUGAAGCAGCAACUGCAGUGUGUUCACAGCUGGAUUGUGGUUCUUCUGUGUUCCAAGAAGUCACAGACAAUUCUACAGAGAGAUAUGUGUGGAGGAUCGACCCCUCCUGUUGGAAGUCACUUUCUGAUCACUGUGUCUUUGGUUAUGAUUCUUAUAGUGAGGACAGACUGGAGGUUUCAUGUUCAGGUAAACUGAUGUUUUUAUGUUUUAAACUAUGGAGAAAGUUAACUAUCAAAAUGAGACGUUUUCUCAAAGUAUGUGAAACUAUUGUGAAAAUGUGAAAACAUUUUUUGAACUCAAAUGUACACAUUGUAAGCUUGCAUGAAUUAUUUAAGAUUUAAAAAACAAGAGUUGAAAAUCUAAAACUCAAAUUUUUUACUAUUUAGCCUAAUUUUAUGUGGGGGACGAGUCUUUGAGAAUAUUAAAACCAGAGGGACAGAAAUGAAAAAGAAAA